AUGAAGAAUAGCAUCACGAAUGUGUUUCUCUGCGCUCUCGCGCUUUUAUGUGUGGCCGUGUAUGCGCAGGAUAACGGACCAUGUGCGCAGUGUCCUUUGAUUGGAAACGACCAGGUGCUUGUGCCGUGCUCAAAGUAUUGGCGCGAUAUCGUUGAACGUUGCUCCUCCGUCCCCGAAUGCGAAAGGUUCAACAUAGACGACAAUCUCAUCGAGGCAUGCACAAACACACCAGCACCACUUCCCAGUGGAACCGGAUCUUCAACCGUUACGGAAAUAUUUGCUAGUCGGUCGGGGGCUUCAGUGGCGACGACACCCACAACAUCGCCGUCUACUACUACUUCUGCCUCCGCCACAACAUCUGCUUCCUCUUCGACCUCUGCUUCGGGGGCAACUGGCACAUCGUCUGGAGGGUCCACAACUAGAACUACCACGAACUCAGAAACUCGCUCGCCGGCUGCAACUACACGGUCUUCCACAUCAACUAUUACCGCAGGAACCUUUUCACAAGCGUCGAAUGUGGCGGUUGGGAAUGCUCCUGGAUGGUGGAUUGAAGGGGUUGUCCUUGUGACUGGGUGGAUUAUUGCUUUGUAA